AAAAACUCAACUGUCCUUCCCAUUAACUAACAACAAAAUAUCAAUAAUAUAAAUUUCCCAUUUUUUUUCCGCCAUUCUUUGUACCUUUGAUAAUACACACACAGAGAGAAAGAGGGUUUAAAUGGACGGUGGUGAUGUUACUAAGGAGGGGAAAGUGACGUGUGCAUCAUGGAUCAAACGGCCAGAAAACGCGCAUCUGGUUGUGAUUGGAAAGUCCUCUUCGCUCGAGAUUUUCUCAUUUGAUACAGAGAUUACUUCUCUUUCUGAUAAUCCCAAGGCGAAGUAUGUGUUCGAGGAAAGUGGUGAUCCAGUGCGCAUUGCAGUACAUCCUAGUGGGGAUGAAUUUGUGUGCUCAACCACUACUGGUUGCAAGUUGUUUGAGUUAUAUGGUCAUGAAGAUAAUAUAAAACUUGUGCGCAAGGAGUUUGAUCUCGAAGAUGUUGGUCCACAAAAAUGCAUGGCCUUUAGUGUUGAUGGCUCCAAAUUAGCCACAGGCGGAGUUGAUGGACAUUUCAGACUUUUUGAGUGGCCAACCAUGCGCAUUGUUGUGGAUGAACCUAAAGCUCACAAGUCAUUCAGAGACAUGGAUUUCAGCUUAGAUUCAGAAUUCUUAGCUUCCACAUCCACAGAUGGUGCUGCCAGAAUAUGGAACACAAGCGAUGGUGUUCCAGUAACUUUAACACGAAAUUCAGAUGAGAAUAUUGAGCUCUGCAGGUUUUCUAAAGAUGGGACAAAACCAUUUUUGUUCACUACUGUUCAGAAAGGCAAUAAGACAUUAAUUGCAGUUUGGGACAUCACUACAUGGAAGAAAAUUGGACAUAAAAGCUUGUUAAAAAAGCCAGCUUCCAUUAUGUCAAUUAGUUUGGAUGGGAAAUAUCUUGCAUUGGGAAGCAAAGAUGGUGAUGUCUGUGUUGUUGAAGUGAAAAAGAUGGAGAUCUCGUCCUUGCACAAGAGAAUGCACUUGGGUACCAAUAUCACUUCUUUGGAGUUUUGUCCUAGUGAAAGGGUUGCUCUUACCACUUCCUCUCAAUGGGGAGCAAUGGUGACUAAGUUAAAUGUCCCAGCUGAUUGGAAAGAGUGGCAGAUUUAUCUAUUACUCUUGGGAUUAUUUUUGGCAUCAGCUAUUCUAUUUUACGUGUUCUUUGAGAAUUCAGAUUCUUUCUGGAACUUCCCUGAUCCAUCUUCAAGACCAAAGAUUGAAACUCUCCAUGGAGAUCCAACAUCUGAUGAACAAUGGAGCAGCUUUGGACCUGUAGAUUUGUAAGCUCUCAUAGCUUCUUUUUUUACGGAAUUAAGGAGGCUGAAUUGAAGAAAGAUUGUGAAAUAAGUCUAGUUUUUUAAGGCAUUUCUUAAGCUUUUAACUUGUAUACCUUCUAAUUGAUGGAUGUUAAAAUAUGUGGCUGUAGUUGUAUUUUUGGGUGUUAAUCUCUCUUAAGAUAUAUUUGAUCCUAGAAGAAGAAAGUGCUGCGGCAUA